AUGGAUCAAGAAGAUUUUACAGAUCCACGAAAAAUUAACUUUCAAAACAACCGGUUGUGUUAUGUUGGCCAAGAUGUUACGAGUAUUCCAGAAAUACUGGGUAAAAUGUAUGGAUCCAAAGUCAGGUCUUUGGAUCUAAGCUUCAAUAGUUUGACUACUCUAAAUCAUUCAGAACUAUUUCCUGAUUUAGAAGAGCUUGUUUUAGAUAACAAUAAUCUAGAUGAUACUAUUAAAUUACCUUAUUUACCACAUUUACAUAUACUCUCAAUGAAUAAUAAUAAAAUCACGGAUUUAGAAAACUUGGUCACCCAAAUAAAAUAUAGUAUGCCUUCUUUAAGAUUUCUCAGUUUGAUUGGAAACAAAGCUUGCCCAACACAGCUAAUAGAUUUUGAAAAAGACGAAAACGAUUAUAAAAGAUAUAGGUAUUUUGUUUUACAUUAUUUACCAGAACUGAGAUUUCUUGAUUCAAGACCAGUUACUAAUGAAGAAUUAGAUACUGCAAUAACUAAAGGCGAAUUCACCAAAAUCAUACGCCCCCAGUUUGGAAAUGAACCACUUCGAUUUGAUUGGAAAUUAUCUCUUGGAUCUCAAUCUCGUGCAGAUACUUCAAAUAUUUUCACCCCACUUGCUGUAUCACCAACACAAGAAAUACAUCGUCAAGCUGCAUAUGGCCGACGUCGAUACCGUUAUGCUGGAAAACAUUCAGAAGGCAACCGUUUUAUUUUAAAUAGAGAUUUAUAA